AUGGCUGCCAUUUCCUGGCCUCUGAUUGGUCUAAAUUUAAAUAACGUCCAAUUUUGAUGAAGUUUUGUAUGUAGGUGAAGCAUGGUGCUAAACGCACGACUGCGGUAUUCGUUUUGCGAAAAAACAAAAUGACUGCCUACUUAGCAGGGGAGGGGUGACUUCCGCUAUACAUAGUAUUCGAUGACGUCACACAUCCGGGUUACCCAUUGACCCGCCGCCAUUUUGUGUGUCAAACAAGGUUACCAUGUCAAAGGUGAGAAGAUGGCGUCGAAACCGCCGCGAGCAGCAAAAUUGAAGUAUAUUGAGACAUUAGACCCUACUGCCAGAGCAAGGUACUUUAACAAACUACAGUUGAUAGACAGCAUUGAUCCGUACGAUGUGCCAAAAAAGGAUUGGUCAAGUGAUGAGAAGGGCUUACCUGAAGUCACCUACCCCGACAUCGUGAACUACCUUGUACACACACAGAGCGCUUACACACUGAGCGAGAUGAAGUCCUACAAGUCCCUCGAAUCAUACAACCAUUUCGUCUGUGGAUGGGUGAAGGACUUACUGCAUUUUACAGCAAACAAUUAUGUUGUUGUUGCUGCACGGGUCAAACACUCGCAACGGAUGAAUGAUGCUCCUUUACAGCCAUGGGUUUUAUGUGAGAAGGAUGGCAACAUUGUCACAGGUCACUGCAACUGUAUGGCAGGGCUAGGGAAAGCAUGUAGUCACAUUGGAGCAGCAUUGUUUUAUGUUGAUGCUACAGUAAAGAUAAGGAAUUCAAAGACUAUGACACAGGAACCAGCGUACUGGCUAUUACCAAGAGGAUACAGAAGGUGGGAUAUGACACCAUACAGAACAUUGACUUCCAGUCUGCAAAGACCCUGAAAAGGAACCUCGAUGAACAACUGUGCUCACCAAAGACGCCAAAAAGACAGAUGUUAGGGCAAAACUUGCUAAAUGUGUCAUCACCGUCACAGAGUAAAUUGCAUAACACAGGCACAAAACAAGUUUUAUUAGCACUCAUGCCAGACUAUGCUGCUAAUUAUGUUCCAAGACAUCUUGGUGAGGAAUAUCCAUCCAUAUUGUCAGACCUGUUUCGAGAAGAAUGCAGUAAUAUGAACAGAGGAGAUCUACUUGAUCACUGCAAGGAGUUGUUUCUCACAAUUACAGUUUCAGACUUGCAGGCAACCAAUGUAGAGUCAACCACCCAUCUUCAGACAGGAUGCAAGCAGUGGUUUCGUUUUAGGACUGGUAGAGUGACUGCUUCAAAGAUGAAGUCGGUGUGUGCCACAUCAGUCGACAAACCAUCACCGAGUCUAGUAAAACAGAUUUGCUUUCCAUCUCAAGCGAAAUUCAGCACAGACGCAACAAGAUGGGGAUGUCAACAUGAAGCAAAAGCUCUUGACACCUAUUGUCAAAGUAUGAAUUUAUUUCAUGAUAACUUCACAUGUCGUAAGAGUGGUCUUGUCAUCAAUCCAAAGUACCCAUACAUUGGAGCUUCACCAGAUUCUGUUGUGUCCUGUGAUUGUUGUGGGGAAGGAUUUGUUGAAGUAAAAUGUCCAUACUGUGUCCGGUCUAUGCCCAUUACAGAAGCAACAGAUAUAAAGGCAUCCUGCUUAGAGAGCAUAGAUGGCAGUGUUCGUUUGAAGAAGAAACACUCAUAUUAUUCUCAGGUGCAGACCCAGAUUUUUGUGUGCGACAAACAGUAUUGUGACUUUGUUGUAUGGACGGAACAAGAGGUCCACAUAGAAAGGAUAGAGCCUGAUGAGGAAUUUUAGAAUACUGUAACACCAAAGGCUGAGGAAUUCUUUUAAUGUGCCAUCCUUCCAGAAAAUGUUAUUCCAGAGCAGUUAAUGCAUGCAGUAAAGCACCUUCUGUGUCAAGUCCUAGUGGUAGAACAGCGUCCAGUAGAAUGAGUACUGGUACUACAGUGUCCAGUGUAAAGAGUACCGAUACUACAGCAUCUAACAUAACAAAUCAGUCAGCAACAGUCGGUGAUGACGCAGCAAAAGAUUGCAUAUGUAUAUGCAGACAACCAUAUGACCCAGAGUUUGACCUUGUGGUUGGUUGUGACAACCAAAACUGUCCAUAUGUAUGGUUACAUUUCACUUGUGUAAACAUUAAGAGAGCACCUAAUGCCAAGGGUAAUUGGUACUGUCCGCAGUGUCGGAAACUUCCACAGUUUAAGAAAUGAACAUUAGCAAGUUACCAGUGUUGAUGAAAGCUUCAGGGACAUGCAUAUAGUUGCAAAAAUAAAUUAAAGAAGUUCAUUUCUAUGUACUAAUGCAUAAAAGUUUAAAGGUUCUUUAAAUAUUUUUUUAAUAUUUGCAUUUUUAAGAUAUGUAAUGCAUGAAUAUUUGUACAGGUAUAUUUCCAUACACUAUUAUUGAUAAUGCUAGCUAGUCAGUGUAUGGGUAUCUUUGACAUUUCAGAAAUAGAAAUGUCUUUUGGU